CGCCAGCCGCUUAUCGAGAAUAUGUUGACUGUGUGAAGAAGCAUUGCAAGCACUAUAGAUUAGCAUAUAACUUGCAAUAGAUACAUCAAUACUCGAAACUGUGAAGAUAAUGUCGAAAUUAAGUUUUGACUUAAUCCCCGCAGCGCCUCGCAACGAUAUUAUUGGGUUGCAAAACGUUAUAUCCAAACUAGAGGAUCGAUUGAGAAGCACAAAUGAAAAACUUGGCAAUUUGCGGAAACUAAUCAGAACCGAGGCGAAUAUAAAAUCUCGUAAUAUUUACUUAAAUAAGGUCUGUGAUAUGGUGAAAGAACAACAUAGAAUGCAGAGCAUACUGCACAAUUACAGAUCAAAGUUAAGAAAAUUGGAAUCCAUAAAGAAACUGAAAUUUGUAACGAAGCAAAUUCCACAGCAAACAAAAAAUUCAAAGCUACUCGAACUAUUCCAUAAUUAUGAGACGAAAGAAACCGGAUGUGACACUCAGCCUGUUCGGAACUCUGAAGCACCAAAGCGAACUAUUUUGGAUAUGGGAGAGACUGUAAAUAUUAACGACAAACCAGCCAAGCAAAUUAUCAUAGACAAUCAUGGUAAGGCAAUGAAAUGUUUGAAAGCUCAUGUCAAAAAGCGCAUUAGUGAGGAGGAACAGAGGCUUGUUGUUCCACAAAUUGUUAAAGUGGAACAAGCCAAAUAUUCAGAUGAUGGUACCAUAAUAUUGGAAGAGACGAAACCAGAGACUGAAGAGCUUCAUAUAUCGCAAGAAGAGAUGCAUGUGGUUAAAACUGAAAUAGAUGAGGAAUCGGAAUGUAUAAAAGAGACGGAACGAAUGGAAGAGGAGAAACUAGAGCUGUCUGUUGAGGCUCCCCAAGCAAAUACUAUCGUGAUAAACAAUCACAGCGACGCGAUGCUAUGCCUAAAAGCUCUACAGGAGUAUGCAAUGUUAAAUGAAAACUAUCGAGCUAUAGGACUUUUAACUGAAACUGAAAAGGCAUUCGUAAGUCCAGCAGACGCCACAGACUUCGAGUUCUAGCAUUGGGUAUAUAAUAGUACGUCUAUUUGA